UUGUUACUGGAACUUAGAAUCGUGCAGAAGUUGUUUCUGGGUGACUUCAGCAUUGCAGAAGGAUCAUUGUUUUUCUCCCAUCUGGACAUAUGUGGCUGUUGGACAAGCUGAAGGUACCUGAAAUGCACGGACAGGUGGCUGACUUGACAAUGAAAGGGGCAAUCGUGGACAAAAAGCAGCGCCCUAUACGUUGCCCCAAUGUGCUAACCCCAGACAGAAUUCCAGAGUUCUGUAUCCCUCCUCUACUUUCAACUCCAAGAGGGGUAAGACUGAAGUCUCUCUACAGGUCUGUACCAGACCUUAGUGGAGCUGCUUUUAGAGCCUGUAGUACACCAGAGACACAUAUCAUACAAGUGGACAGUGCCGAUGAGCCUAUGGAGGAUGAAAGUACAAAUGCAGACCCUCAGGCACAAGCAGCCUUGUCUCUACCACAUCUUCCUAAGGCCCAUACUUCCUAUGGAUUCUGCACCUUGCUGGAAAGCCCCAACACCAGGAGAAAGGAAUCUCUUUUCCAUGAUGAUCCUGCCAGCCUUUCAAUUCUGUUACACAGACCUCGUUCUCUAACCACCAAUUGCCCAAGGGUAUCCUACAGCAGCUUCAGGACAUUAAAGCUGAUGUCACUAAGUCGUUCCGGAACCUUGGACAGCGAAACCUCCUCUUCAACAGACUCUUCUCCAUUUAGCUCCCCUUUGCUUCACAGAUCUCCACCACGGGGUACCUCUUUCCUGAAAGCCAUCAGUCAGGACAGACUGUUUUCUAGAGCAUUGAAGAAAAAAGGAAGCCUUUCUAGAAACAACUCACUGUCUGCUGAUGAGUGCAGUUCCACAGACAGCAGCCCAAAUAUAAUUCGCAGGGUUUCUGAUGGGAUGAUGGAUUCUGUGUUUCCAAUGGAUCUUUUGUAUUCCAGAGGCAGCUUUGUAGCAGAAAACACAGUGUUGCUUGAGAAUGGGGCUUCCAUGCGUUUAUCUACAGAAUAUUGUGAUGCAGCACAGAGGCUACGUGUUCGACUCAUCAGCAUAGAAGGACUUUACAAUGCACAUACUGACCCAAAAACAAUCAAUUGCUUUGUGGCAUUGUCAAUUACUCCGGGGAAGCAGCAGAAGCAGAGAAGCACCGUUAUAAGAAGAAGCAGAAACCCAAUCUUUAAUGAGGACUUUUUCUUUGAGAACUUGCCACAGACAAAACUGCAGAGCUGCUGCCUGAAGAUUAAAACCAUCAACAAAACAUUCGGAAUGAAGAGAGACUGUGUCCUGGGCCAAAGUGAACUUCCUCUGCUUAGCAUAUUAUCCCUGUAAAGAAGAGGAAACAAUAUCUAACAGUUCAAAGCACUUUAUUUAAACUAAGAACAAAUUCAUUAUCAUUACCAACUGACAA